AGGAAAUUAAACAGGAACUUGGCCCCAACAAAUGAGAGAGCUGGGUGUGCUUUACAUAAGCCUGGGCCCGGGCCGGGUGAUCACAUGGACAGCAUACGAUUGGUGCGGACAGUAGGCGGUGAGCGUGAGGGCUUUUUGUGCUCUUGUUGGGUCCGACAUAGGGAUCUUUUUUUUCCUGGCUCUCCACACACCGGAGUUCUUAUCGGCCCUGAAUUCGAGGUCUCUUUCUUGGGGAGUUCUCCGUCGCAGCCUGGCGCUAUUCCAGUUUCUCUCUGGCAGUCUUCUCCGGCUCCGUUGACUCAUCGCCCGACUUACCUCCAUAAAUUUUUUUGUGUCCCUCCGCCUCCGCCCGCUCCUCACCGUCUUCUUUCUUCCUUCACUCACCACAUCUGGCCAAUUCCUCAAUUCCCCUUGUACUCGACUCCCUUCCUCCAGUCUGGGAGUGCGGCAGAAGGCGGGACGACGGUAGGGAUUAUUCUAGGCCGAAAGUUCUGGUAACGAAGCCCACGGAGCUAUACCGGUGCAAACGUCCGUAUCUCCGCUCCCCAUUCUAAGCGGAACGAUACAACCCAGUAGAGCGUAGUUUCAGCUCAAUUGGAUUGUUCCCCCUUCUCUCUACCCUAUCUUCACCUUCUAGGGUAGCGCGCCGCGCAAUGGUUCUCGCCGCUCGGUGCGGGCAGGCUACGUCCUCCCUUUUGCGUCAACGAUGCCUCGCUGAAUCCCGUCGCUCUGCGCUGGCUCUGCGCUCUUUCACUUCUCAGACCAACACUGCUCGUUCCACAGCGUCGGCACUCC